AUGCCGGGCCAUCAAGAAAUCUCCAAGACUGUUUCGACGCAGGUUCUGGACCCCUAUGCCUCUCUCGGCCAGCUUUCUUAUGCUCCCACCACGCAAACCACCGUCGUCACCACCACAACUACCACGACCACCUCGUUUCCUCCCUUGAUUCUCAACGCCCCUCGCCACCUUCACGAACGGGACCCCAAGUUAUAUCCGCUGGCGGCUGCCCCCACACCCCAUUCGAUAAGGGAAUUUGAGUUUGAUAUUGAGGGGAAAUCUGCCCGCUUCUGUGAAGCGGACGAUGCCCAGCGAGCCUACGAUGAGAGCAAUCAGCAGUACGCGGCCUUGACUGCCAACCACGGGACCCUAUCCUCGACCACGGCCACCGAACCCCGCUACGAAACUCCGAGCCGAAAAAGCAGAAUAAGCCGUAAUGCCGCCGCUCCUCAAGCACCUGAACACAACCCUAAGAAACGUGCCGCAUCCCCCGUUUCGAUUGCUGAAGCCGCCGAGCUGGCUGGACUCCAGCGCCGUACGAAGAAGCUCCGCCCAAGCUUAGCCAGGGCCGCUGCUGCUUCCGCCGAUGACUCUGGGCCGAGCCGUAGCCACUCCUUCCAAGCGUCACGCUGUUUGGACACGACCGCUCCCGCAACUCCAGACACCGAUGCAGGGAGCUCGGGACAGUUGAAGAUGCCAAAGUUAAGGAGCGGGGCCAGACGACCAGGAUCGAAAGGACAAUCGAGCCGGGACUCAAGUCUUAGAACCGACAAACGUUUUGGAAGUUUGCAGAGCAAAGCAGAACAGUGGCGGGCCCAGGACGUUACAAGCCCCAGCAGGAGAACAUCCCAAGGCAUCUCUACCAUUCAGCUUGAAGAAGGCUCAGAACCAGGACAGGCGAGGGAUACACGCUGCUCAGGUCUGGGAAUAGAGGAACCAACUACUGGGGUUUCUGCCACGCCGCCCAUUGCCGAGACGGACCUUGAACCGAUCUUACCCACGGCAACGGAAAACGAUCAACCACCGCGAACCGCUCGUCCAAAUUCACUACAGACGGUUGCCGCUCAGGAUGCAAGCCUUCCGAGCCCCAGUCUAUCUCCCAUUACGGCUGCUGCUAAUCUAGCACAGAAUGGAGGAUUUUCUGGCCUAGGAAACCGGGAAGAGGAUGACGAGGAGAACGACGUGUCCAGUCUCGACAUUGAAAGAGAAAGGACGGAUGAGCACGGUGCUCGAGCAGUAGCUCUUUCCUCCCAGGAUGCGAAUAACGCCAUCGUUCCAUUUGCUGACGGCGAUGAAUUCGCCAGCCAGCUCCAGAAGAAUCCUACAUUGAUGGAUAUUCCCGUAAUGCUGGACAUGUUCGACGCCAUGCCGGACAACUUCAAGACCUAUGUCAUGUAUCAGCUUCUCCGCCGUUGCACCCGACCAACAUUGCAGCAUGUUGCGAAUGCUGUAAAUCCGGCAUUGAAGAUCGACUUCCUGGGCCGCCUUCCAACGGAACUGAGCCUUAACAUCAUCUCGAACCUUGAUGCAAUAAGCAUGUGCAGGGCCGCGCAGGUAUCGAAGAAGUGGAGGCACAUUAUCAACUCCGAUGAGAAGGCAUGGAAGCACCUGCUUGAAAGAGAUGGAUACCAGCUCCCUGAAGGGGAACUGGAGCGUGCUGUAAGGGAAGGCUGGGGCUGGCAGUUCCCACAUGGCGAGGAUAGUUGGGAGAGAGAUCUCAGCGCUGCAUCUACGUUGGCAGGAUUGUCUGACAGCGAAAGUAGCCUAACGGUCGCGGCAACUUCUACUCGCGGGAAACGGAAGGCUACCACCAAGUACGCGAGCAGCAACAAGCGACAAAGGAGAAAAGGGCCGACGACAUCGCCUUCGAAGCUACAGUCUCAGGCGACCAGUGCCAUUCAAGCCCUCGGGAGCCGCGGGCCAAUCGCUUAUGCCAACGCUGCUGCCUUGGCGGUGCCCCUCCCCAACGUCGGUCUCGCAAGCCUACAAAACCUUCAUCUUUUCAAAUCGCUUUACCAACGCCAUCAUCUCAUCAGGAAGAGCUGGAUGGACGCUGCAACGAAACCCAAGCAUCUUGCUUUCCGCGCUCAUCAGAGGCAUGUCGUGACAUGCCUACAGUUCGACACGGACAAGAUCCUCACCGGUAGCGAUGACACCAACAUAAACGUCUACGACACAAAGACCGGUGCUUUGCGGAACAGACUACAAGGGCACGAAGGAGGUGUUUGGGCGCUUCAAUAUGAAGGGAACAUUCUUGUCUCAGGGUCUACCGAUCGCUCGGUGCGCGUUUGGGAUGUCGAGAAAGGCAAGUGCCUUCAGGUGUUUCAAGGGCAUACGUCGACCGUCAGAUGCCUUGUCAUUCUCCAACCCACCGAGAUUGGUAAGGAGGCAGAUGGUACGCCUAUUAUAAUGCCGGAGCGCCCUCUUAUCAUCACUGGAUCUCGCGACUCUAGCCUCCGUGUAUGGAAGCUCCCGCAGGCGAACGAUCCCUCCAUCUUCCAGACCACAGCGCCUGCCAACGACAGAGAAAACCCAUAUUUCAUCAGGGCGCUUGUUGGACACCACCAUUCUGUUCGUGCCAUUGCCGCCCACGGCGACACGCUUGUCAGUGGUUCGUACGAUACAUCUGUUCGCGUGUGGAAAAUCUCGACGGGUGAAGUGCUGCACCGGUUGGCCGGCCACAGCCAAAAGGUGUACAGCGUGGUUCUCGACCACGCUCGCAACCGCUGCAUUUCAGGAAGUAUGGACAACUUGGUCAAGGUAUGGUCGCUGGAGACCGGUGCCUGCCUCUUCAAUCUCGAAGGCCACACCAGCCUUGUUGGAUUGUUGGACCUCUCGCACGAGCGCCUAGUCUCUGCUGCUGCGGACAGCACCCUGCGCAUUUGGGAUCCGGAGAAUGGCCAGUGCAAAGCCACUCUCACCGCGCAUACCGGUGCCAUAACGUGUUUCCAGCAUGAUGGCCAAAAGGUCAUCAGCGGCAGUGACAGGACUCUCAAGAUGUGGGACGUCAAAACCGGCGAAUGCGUCAAGGACCUCUUAACCGAUCUGAGCGGUGUGUGGCAGGUCAAGUUCAAUGAAAGGCGCUGCGUUGCGGCAGUGCAGAGAAAUCAGAUCACGUACAUCGAGGUCCUGGAUUUUGGCGCUUCCCGCGAUGGCAUUCCCUCCGAUCAACGUGGACGUCGCAUCGUGGUCGACAGCCGCGGUCGUGAAAUAGAAGACGUCGAAGAUGAAGUUGUCGUCGAGGUCCAACAACCCCAACCCCAACCUCAACCUGCUCCUGCUUGA